GCAGAGCAAACAGUCCAUCGUCUGUUUUUGUGAUAAUUAGUUGUCGGUGUUUUGGUGUUAUUUUAUUGAACUUCUACAUGUAAUAUCGAGUUUCAUCAGAUUAUGCAGAAGGCAAUUCCAGUCACCCUCAAAGAUGCUCUGGAGAUAUGCCAGACUAUGGAGGGCCUCCUUCAAAGGUCACUCGGUCCCAACGGCCUGCACACCAUGCUGACCUCACCAACUGGUAAUGUGGUGAUAACAGGAGACGGAUACACCCUACUGACCUCUUUACAUUUGUCACACCCGCUAGCCAGGUGGAUCGUGGGUCGGAUCAGCGGACACCAUGGCGUCACAGGAGACAAUUCUAAAUCCUUAAUACUGAUAGUGACUGAAAUAUUAAGACAGUUACAGAAAGCCGUGACUCCUAGAGACUCAGCGGCAGAGGAGUGUUCCGCAAAGCAAGAUCUCAUUCAAAUUAAUUAUGCUCUUGAAACGAUCCUCUCUGAGACAUUUCCAGGGAUAGUUCGCACCAACUUACUUAAGAGCUGCAUUUGUGUAAAUCUUGUUGAAGGUGAAAGGGAAAGAGUGUUGAGCAUCUGCUCUAAGAUGGUGAAAACUGCUCUCAGUGGGAAGUUCAACAAGCGAUCAACGGAGCAUGUAGCUAGCUUAACAGUAGACCUUGUAUGCGGAAGCUCCGACGAUAUCGGCUUUUUGAGGAACGAUCUGGACAGCCUUAUUGUUGAUUAUGAUGUGACUUUCAUUGAAGUCACAAACCAACCUGUCGUCAAGUCCACACUUAUCGAUGGCGUUGUGUUAACGCGAUCCUUCUCCUUCCAGACUGAAGACCUUGACUCUCUCACCAAGGUUACAUUUGUGAUUUUCAACUGUUCCCUUGAUAAGUGGAUACCUGAAGUCCAGUCGACACUCCUCGCUAGGAACAGCGACGUCAUGGCAGAGAUCUUUCAGUAUGGAAUGGUUCACACACGGACUCUGAUCGAUUACCUAAAACGAUCUAAUGUGAGGCUCGUCCUGUCGUCAGAGGCUCUCUCAGAUGUUUCCCUCUCCCACUGCAGAGCAGCUGAUAUCUCAGUGGUUCACAUGAUACCUGAGGGAGAAUUGAAGAGACUCGCACAAUUGACAAAAACCCACAUCAUCUAUGAUACCACAAAUAUAGCAGCGCAGACUCUAAAACCAGGCUGUGCUAGCUUCUGUCGAAGGUUCCUCCUAGGGAAACAAGGUGGAGUCCACCUGGGCAUCAUCGAGAAUGCAGCGGCUAAACAACUGGUACUCUGUGCUCCAACUCAAGGUAUUUGCAGACAGUGGUUCAUAGCUGUCUAUAAUACUCUCAAAACACUGCGGAUGUGGCUGGACACCAGUUGGCUCACAGACAUUGAAGAGGGCAAGGUUGAGGUUAAUACUUCAGUGAAUGAGAAAGCACCACCAAAACUCACUGAUAGCUGUGAGUCCUACCAAAACCAGGACGGUGUUGACUCAACUCUGUGUGAUUUUUCAAUUGGAGACGAUAUUCCAUGUGUGGAUCAGUUGAAUCAUUUAUACUUAGAAAGUAGCGAUUCAAGUGCUACAGAAACAAAUUCAUUCAAACGGAAACAAGAAAACAGACAACGUGCGCGCACAAACAAGCAAGAGAACGAACAAACAGUACGAACAAACAACCAAGUAGCACUCUGCCUCCCUGGAGGAGGAUGUGCGGAAUUUCUCUUGUACAAAUUAUUCCAAAAUCUGCGUAAGAAUAACUCCACCGAUUCUGACUCCCUAAACAUAGUCAAGAAUCCCUCCAUGAAGACGGCCCUACAUAUCCUGAGCGAGUCCGCUCUCUGCAUUCCCAGAACUCUCUUUAAGAACUCAUUUUCCCGAGGGAGUCAUGGAUCAUCAUUUAUACAAAUGGUGUCCAGUCUGAAAGACGCUGAAAGUCUUGGCGUUCAUGGUAAAUCUGGUCGUCUUUGUGACUCGGCAGAGUGUGGGGUGCUGGAGCCACUGCUGGGUAGGCUCAUGCUGUGGAAUGACGCGGUUCAAACAGUGGUAGAACUACUGAGAAUAGACACUAUUAUUGGCAUAAAAACAAUCAAAGCCCAUCAGGGUAAUGGGAGUGAUGAUUCGGAUAGUGGAGAUGAUGUGUGAAAUAAAUUAACCAAACCUGAAAUUUCAUGGUCAUUGAGCCAUCCAUUCUUUGCGGUUACUUAAAAAUGUUCUUGCAGACUUUAAAGGGCAGGUACUUGUUUGGUAAUUACUAAAAACAAAUAUUAACUUAAAAACUGACUUGGUAACGAGCA